CGGCGGGUGCCGGCAGGAAGGGAGGCGAGCGCCGGGGGCGGCAGCAGCAGCAGCCGGCUCGGGGCAUCUGAUUGGAGCCGCCGCGGCUGGGCAGCUCGCGCGGGGAGGCGGCCAAGGGGAGCCUCGGGGACCCGCCGCGCAGGAGAGCAGGGGAGGCGGAGGAUGCAGGCGAAGAAGUCCCGCGGCUCCUCGACGGGUGGCGGCAGCGGCAGCGGCGGCGAGCUGCAAGGGGACGAAGCGCAGCGCGCCAAGAAGCGGAAAAAGAAGGACUCGCGCUUCGCCAGCAUCCAGGUCUUCCUGGUGUCCGAGUGCGUCCUGAUGCUGGCCCAGGGCACCGUGGGCGCCUACCUGGUGAGCAUCUUGACCACCUUGGAACGGCGGUUCAACCUCCAGAGUGCUGACGUUGGUGUGAUUGCCAGCAGCUUUGAGAUCGGCAACUUGGUCCUCAUCCUUUUUGUGAGCUACUUUGGUGCCCGGGGACACCGGCCGCGUUUGAUAGGAUGCGGAGGGAUCAUUAUGGCUUUGGGAGCCCUUCUCUCCGCUCUGCCAGAAUUCCUCACCCAUCAGUACGAGUAUGAAUCCGGAGAGAUCCGAUGGAGGGCUGAAGGGAGGGAUGUCUGCACAGCCAACGGGUCCACUAGUGAUGAGGGAUCAGAUCCUGAUCGCAUCUGCAGGAACAGGACUGCUACGAACAUGAUGUAUUUGCUUCUCAUUGGAGCACAAGUCCUUCUGGGGAUUGGGGCAACUCCUGUGCAACCUUUGGGAGUCUCCUACAUUGAUGACCAUGUGAAGCGGAAGGAUUCUUCACUCUACAUAGGGAUCCUGUUUACAAUGCUAGUGUUUGGACCGGCCUGUGGAUUUAUCCUGGGAUCUUUGUGCACCAAAAUCUAUGUGGAUGCUGUCUUCAUUGACACAAGCAAGCUGGACAUCACCCCUGAUGACCCUCGGUGGAUUGGCGCAUGGUGGGCUGGCUUCUUGCUCUGCGGUGCCUUACUUUUCUUCUCGUCUCUGCCAAUGUUUGGAUUCCCACAGUCCCUGACCUGCCAGCCGGAGCACAUAGCAGAGGUAGAGGAAGCCAUGUUGCCAGAAGGGGACUAUGAAAGGCCAAAGCCAAGCAAUGGGAUUCUCCCACCGCACUCCAUGGAAGCGAACGAUGAUCCAUCUUGCUUCCAGCAGCUGAGAGUGAUCCCAAAGGUAACUAAGCACCUGCUGUCCAAUCCGGUGUUCACCUGCAUUGUUCUUGCGGCUUGCAUGGAGAUUGCGGUGGUGGCAGGUUUUGCAGCCUUUCUUGGCAAGUACCUGGAACAGCAGUUCAAUCUCACAACGUCAUCAGCCAACCAGUUAUUAGGCAUGACGGCUAUUCCCUGUGCAUGCUUGGGCAUCUUCCUAGGAGGCCUCUUAGUGAAGAAGCUGAGCCUUUCUGCCCUGGGUGCCAUUCAGAUGGCUAUGCUGGUCAGCCUGGUGUCCACGGCAUGCUACGUUUCCUUCCUUUUCCUGGGCUGCGACACGGGACCUGUGGCUGGCAUUACUGUUCCCUAUGGAAACAAAACUGUGAGCCCGGAGCUCAAAUCAUACGCUUUAGGAGUUCUCUUCCUUCUCCUCCGAUUGUUAGGCUUUAUCCCACCUCCCCUGAUCUUUGGAGCAGGAAUUGAUUCCACCUGCCUUUUCUGGAGCACUUUCUGUGGUGAACAAGGAGCAUGCGCCCUAUAUGACAACGUCAUCUAUAGGCACCUAUACGUGAGCAUCGCUAUUACCCUGAAGUCGCUGGCGUUCCUCCUUUAUGCCACAACCUGGCAGUGCCUGAGGAAAAACUAUAAGAAAUACAUCAAGAACCACGAAGGUGGGCUAAGCACUACUGAGUUCUUUGCAUCCACGUUGACCCUGGAUAACCUAGGACGAGACUCUCUAGGCCAGAAUCCCUCUCACAGGACAAAAUUUAUCUACAACCUUGAAGACCAUGAAUGGUGUGAAAACAUGGAGUCCGUUUUAUAGUGAUUAGAAAGGCGGAUGGCUAACCCAAAGGUUCCUUUUGGAAGGAAGAUAUUUUUUUUUUUUUUUUGUGAAAGGUGUAAUAUAUCCAUACAAAGAUGUUUCGGGGAAGUCUAAGCAAAACCGAGCCCACAGCUCUUUCAAUACCUUAUCAUUACGUUCCAGGAGCUUCUCCGGAAGAAGAGGACCAUUCGUCCUUUGCUCCAAAAGCAGAAUAAACCAAGACGAGGGGAGAAAGGGUAAAAGACCAAUCUGGAGUGAGAAAUGGCGAUGCCAAGUGGACCAUAAGUGUAUCGAAUGCCUUGGCUGGAAACAGAACAGAUGGGCAACGCUGCCAGUGUUUGGGGACCUGGUCUUUCACUGGAAAACAGAGCAGAUGUCUGUCCUUUGGUGGGAAGGCAAACCCAUGAAAAGACAAUUCCCAAUGAGGAGGGGAAAGAGCAGAAGCCACAGCUGUUUCCAAAAAAUAAGUGCUAUGUGAAACUGAAGCAACCAGUCUUGGAGUAACCUUUGCAAUACAAGCUUAAAAGACGACCACAAGGGUGCUAUGCAGACCUUUUCACACUCUCCAUCUCUUGCUCUCUCAUAUCACAGGAAGCCUGGGCCAGAACGUCUUCCCCUUUAUUGUCUCCAGCUGCAAGACCAUAAGAUCAACCUCAACAGCUGUUGAAAUGGGCAAACCAAUAGACGUGUCCGGUACAAGCCAUGAUGACGUCAAGUUGACAUCACGUGCUGAACAAGAGCUUACAUCCCGAAUAGAUGCUGAAUUAAGAUUAGAUAGGCUGCAUCAAUUGCACACGUCACCGUUCGGAUGCCAUUGUGACUUGUACCCAACACACUUGACGCAACUGCAACAUUACAGUUCUUAAGACACCAGCAUUGCUUUUCUUAAACUAUUGGGGGUGGGGUGAUCUAGUUCCAUUUUGGUAUGGGAAUCGGGGCAUUGUGCGUGCGUUUGUGUGUAUGUGUGCAGUUGUGAGGGACAGAGCACAGGAUAACUCUGGCCAAAGAGUCAAUAACUUUUUCAACUUUGAGCAGGGUUGAAGUGGUACGUAGGUCAGCAUGGCCAACGUUGCCACUGAAAAUGGGCAGAGCAGGUCUGGUUGAGCCAUCACUGCCUUCUAAACAUCUGUACAUUUUUCUAGUUUUGUGUCGGCACUGGAAAAGGAAAGUUUUUCAGUCCAGUUUCCAUUUGAAUCACAAUAUUGCUACCACAGAGAGAAAGAGAAAUUACCCACUUUAUUCCCUGAGCUGCUCAGCUAUUCAGCCUCCCCAGUUUAAAAAAAAAAAAACGGUUGCAAAACUUUAAACUCCCUCCAAUGGAAGCUCCAAUAUGUUUUUGACCUUAGAAAAAAAUGAAUAAGCUGAUAAAUAUAUGUGCCUUUUUAAAGAAAAAAAAAUAAAGAUGUUUGCUUUGCAAGAGUCAGAGGGAGAGAAAGUAGCCCACCUGUCCUUAUCAUAGGAAAGAGAUGUAGGGUGUACUUUGUAGCCCUGGAGCAAAACCUCAGAGAAAUCCCUUUCCUUAACAGAAUAACAGAGUUGGAGGGGACCUUGGAGGUCUUCUAGUCCAACCCCCUGUUCAAGCAGGAGACCCUAUUUCUGAGUGACGAAACAGAAAAUCUGUUUGAACUGCUUGCUUUUCGAAUGCCACUCACUAAAGUCCCUAAAUACACUGGUGCUCUCUUAAAACUUUUAAGUAGCACUUUCCUUUGGCUAAAACGAGAGAGAAUUCCCUAAGAUGGUUAACUGUCCCUUGCUGUCAUAAUGCCCUUGGGCGGCGGGGGGGUGGGGUGUCUCCAGAACAGAAAAGGCAUUCUGGGAAAAAUAACAGCAGCCAGCUGGCUCCCUCGAGAUGGGUUGCUCUCCUUUCACAUUGUCACAAAGGGAGCAUGCUUUCCAACGAGGAAAAGGCAAACUUUUUAUACGUCCUAUUUAUUGAGGCAUGCCUCCCAGAUGGGCUGCUCGU